CCAGUCUCGCCGUGAAAUGGCCGCGGGUCAUGCUGGGAAACGCAGUCGCCCCGGAUCUCGCCUCAGCUGGCGGGACCGCGCGCUGCUCGCUAGCCCCACUGUGGCCAUCCGCGCUGUUCUUCGUAGACGCAGAGCGAGCGCGAGGCAGCGUCGGUUGCUAACGGCGGUUUGGGGGCCGUUCUUUCGGCAGCGCUGAUGGCGCGCUUUUUAUCCCCGCUUGUGUGGGCCAAGCCCCUGCUGCUCUGCCUCUGGUUGAAGGGAUGCUGGGCAGUGUGGAGAUAUGAAACUUCAGUAGGGCAUUAUAUUCUAUUUACUGCAAGAACUGGUAUACAUUUAGUGUAUGAAGGGUCUUCAUUUGUUGAAUGGGAAUUUUCCAUAUUAUGUACUAUUGAUGAUAAAAGUUCACGUACCCCAGAAUUGAAUUGUCCAGUUGCUGGAACUCAUAUGGUUAAACCGAAGAUUGUGGGGUCUCUGACAUUUCAGGAUAGGGAACGCUACUUGACUAUAAAUGCUGAUUUAGAUUGUUUCUUAUGGUAUGUGUAUACUUCCUUCACAAGAUCAUCAUUACAUAGCGAUCAUGUGGUAAGAACUCUGAGAUAUACUCUGGUUGUAUGGAUUUAUGACCCAGAAAAUGCUGAUAGUAAAGAAAUGAGCCAUACUGCAAAAGGACCACCAGAACAUUCUAAGACACUUUCCAGACAGUUCUUGAAUUUGGGACAAACACCUUCAGUUAAGAUGUUUCACCUCAGUAAAGACAGCAGCGAAUCGGAAGAAUCAGAAUAUGCAGAUGACGGAUACUGGGAAAUUGACGUGCCUAGCAUUUCAAAUUACAUCAUUGGAGUAGUCAGUGGAAAACCAGUUACUUUUCAGGGUUGUUUUGUUGCCCGGACUCCUUUUAUCAUGGCAAAAUCAGAAAUUCCUCCAGUCGACGUACAUGAUGUCUCUGUCUCGACUCCAGCUGGUAGUGAGCUCAUGAUAGCAUGGUCUGCAUGUCAUACAACUAAAGCAGUUGUGGUGACAAAUUAUGGAGCUUUCCUAACACAUGACGAGUUCAGACAUACAAAAAGAAUCACAUUUCCCUCCACUGUAUUAGAUCCAGCUGUAGCUCAGAAAGUAAAUGAUGUAGCCAUAGUACAGGUACACAUUGUAUUUUUAAUAGACAAUUCUGCUUAUUUUAUAAACGAUGACAAGAUGUUCAGAGUUGGAAAACAACAUAAACUUCCAGAAAGCGGAAUUCUUGGGAUAAAAGAAAGAAUCUGGUGUCUAAGGAACUAUCCAGUUCAAGUGCUGGAAUCAGAUUUAAGUGAAGCAGUCCUGUGGACAAAAACAGAAAUAUUCCUCAUGUACCCAUCAAGAAGUAUAACUGAUAUGUUUGCUCUAGUCAUGGAAGUAGAUGUCUUAAGGAGUGUGCUAGGAUUCAAAGACCACGUUACUUUAGCUGUAAUAAGUGCUUGCUAUGAUUCAAUCCCUUCUGAAAUUUCAAUCUUACUGGCUUGUACUGGAUGCAGAACCUCCACACAAUUAUAUGUGGCAGGAUUUAAUGAAGACGAGGCCCACUGGUUCUUGAGAGAUCUUUCCAUGCCUGCACCUACAAGUGACCCUCUGCACAUGGAAGUUAUGUUUGGAGCAUCAUCAUCUAUGCUGCUGUGGUACAGUGACAAGAUUAUUUAUUCUUACAAAGGAAGCAAAUUCACCGGAUAUAUUAAAGACGCUGAGACAGGCACGGAAUUAUCAGCAACAGCAUUAGGAACAGUUAUUCAUCAAGUUGUUAUGGGCAGUGCUGGAAACACUGUGAUCAAAAUGAAAAACAAUGCCAUGUUUUUCUUAAAGUUUAAUAUGAAAGAUGUUCUAAGGCUCAGUGCUUGGGAAACUGACGCCAGAGACUUUGCCAUAUAUGUGAAUGGGCAUGGUGACUUCUUUUUGCUCAUAAACAAUGGUACUCAUAUAUAUUACAAGGCUUAUCCACUGAAAACUGAAGUACUUAGUGCCACAAAUCCUUUAGGAGAGGUCUGUCCGUAUAUAUCAUUUCAGCACAAUAUGGAAGCAGAUACUUACUAUCUGGAUAUGGGAACAAAUAUGACCUUUUGGGCCCAGAUUGUCUUUCUGGAAAAUGUGGGAUUGUCCACAGAAGUUACAAUCUACAGGUCACACUUGCUGAAGCAAAAUAACUCUAUUCAAUAUGAAAUAGCACGUGGAAUUUGUACUAAGAAUCAGACUGUAACACUUUAUCAUGACUAUGAUUAUUCAACAGAGGGAGAGUAUGAAGAUGCAAUAAUUAGUUCAACGGGUAUUAUGACAAUUGAAGUGGAACCUUCCCUCACUGGAAGAACAUGUAUGACUCCCAACAAGGUAGCGCACAUAAAUGUUGGUUGUCCUAUAUUUCGAGACCUGGCUAUUGAAAAACCCACAAAUUGUAGCAAUCAAACUUUUACAUUCAAAAUACCCGCGAAAUAUCGAUGGGUCAAAACACAGGGAGAAUACUGGGUGCAAGAGUACAAUUUUGCGCUAUUUGGUUGCCCAAUAGAGGUCCAUUACGCACGUCCAUUUCGUCCUACUGUUCUCUUAUAUGAGCGUGAAAACAUGAUUGGGACUGUUGAGGCAAAUUAUAUAUUGUGGGAGAUGAAUGGCAGGAAUGACUACCAUUAUAACACAACAGUACAACAGGUACGCUGUUUGAGCAAUGCACAAAAUAUGUCUUCGAUGGUUCCUCAGGAUCUAGAAAGCAUUACUGCAUAUACUAUAGAUCGCUAUUGGGGGAGACAGAAUUACGUAUCCUGUUUUAUGAGUGGUGGUGCUGGACUUCUAGGGACACUAGAUAAUCAAUAUGAACUCAUGAACCAUUCUGGCAUCAACUCUAUCAUUUGGCCUCAGGACUAUGCUGGCAUUUUCCUGUUCAGAUUGAAGAUAAUGGAUCCAAACUACAGUUUUUGUCCUUAUGAAGCUUAUUUUGCAGUUCGGACACAUGGCAUCAUUGAAAGCAUCUUUCCCCUGCCCUCAGAUGAGGGACACCACAUUCCCCUCCCCCUCUGAACUUCUUUGUCUCCCAGCCACCUUUACCUAGCAUAUGGGGAGCUGUUGGUGUGGGUUUCAGUCCAAUCAGAAGUCAAUGGCACAAUCAGGGGCAGGGGGAAGGAAGAGGCACUGGGCAAGCUGUGACACUGAAGUUCCCCGUUGGUCCUUGAUAAAUCAUUUAAUAAACACGGGGUACGGCAAAAUGUGGUUUAACAUGAGGAUGGACCAUUUAGCGUUUGUGUUCCCCCAAGUGUUACUGAACUCCUGGCAGCUCCAUAGGAAGGUGCCUUAUACCAAGUCAGAUCAUUGGUCCAACCAGCUUAGUACUGUCUACACUGACUGGCAGCUGUUCUGAAGGAUUUCAAGCAGGGGUCUCUCCCAACCAUACCUUGAAAUGCUGUGGAUUGAACCUGGGACCUUUUCCACACAAAAUAUAUGCUCUAUCAUUGAGCUGUGGUCCCCAACUAACAUGGCCAAUGGUUAGGGAUUAUGGGAGCUGUGAUGCAGCAGCAUCUGGAGGGCAACCGUUUCUCCCUAGUUUAAUAUUUUUUUAAGAGAGCAGUUUGUUGUUCCUUACAUUAAUCUGCUCAGAAAGAUAUACUGUAUCCUAAACAAGAAUUCGCCACCACUAAACAAACUCUCCCCCACCACUUUUGACAUUCUUCUGAAUCAAAUUUUAUAUGUUUUUUUUAAAAAAAACCAUCUGAAAAUAGCACAUUGCAAGCUUCAAAUCAAUAUAAAAUAAAUUCAUUUCCUACACCAUUCAAACUCUGCUGUGGAAAAAAUAAAGUUAUUUCGUCAUAUGUGUA